AUGGGCUCCACUAACAUGCUUUUUUUCUUCGUUUCAGAAUCUAAGUGGCCUGAUGAACCUUUGUCAUCGGAAGAAAAGUCGUUUUAUCAAGAAUGUAAACAAUAUUAUCAUAUCACAGGCAAACCAUUAAUAUCAACGUCUGAUGAAAUCUUUAUUGAUAAUAUCGAAUUAACGUCAGCAUCGCUCAAAUUUGGUAUUGACGAAGAUUAUAAUACAUUCAAUGUGCAAGAGUUUUUGAAUAAGAUUUGUAGCAUUCUUAGUAUAAAUACAAAUGACAUACAAAUUACAAAAUUACAGAACGGCUCAAGUAUAUUAGAAAUACUAAUUGAUGGGAAAAAAGUCAAUAUUAAACUGACACUCAACAAAAUAUAUAAAUCAUUGACAGAGAAAGUACAAGAAGAACUGGCCAAAUUAAAAGUAUUCUUUAUGUUCAUGGGUAAUAUUAAGGCAUUAAAUGAUAAACAAAAAUUUCGCAGUGAGAUUAAACUUCAUCCUCAAUGGAACCGUGUAUAUGAUGUAGGUCAUAUACACUGGACUGGUGCUCUUCAGGAUGGACGAGAUCGUGGUAAAUAUGCAUAUUUUUGUCCCAUUGGAUGGAAAAGGCAUGCUUUUGAUGUUAGCGAUAAUUAUGAUGAGAAGUUUAAAGGAUGGUCUAUUUGUUAUCAUGGUACAAAAUUUGAUUAUGGUUUAUCAAUCUUGUUGAGUGGAUUGGCACCAGCUAGAAUUGCAGCACUGGGUAAAGGAAUAUAUGCAAGUCAAUCAAUUAUUUACUCAACUCAUCCAAGAUAUGCUGAAAUCAAACGAAUUCAAUCAUCAGAUGAAAAGACUUUUUUUAAAAAUGGAAAAUAUGUUCAAUUUGUAUUACAAUGUCGCGUUCAUCCGAAUAACAUAAUAGUAGUAGGACCUGAAACAUUAGAGGUUGAUGGAAAAGUCACUAUUGAUCCGAAUCUAACCAAUAAUGUUAUUGAAUGGGUUAUUGAUGCUAAAAAUAAAGAUCUAAUGGAUUUCAGUGAUCCAAGUUCCACUAUUGUAUGUACAGGACUAAUGAUACGUGUUACAGAUAAUCAUCCUGGUUUAUUAACUGAAUCACAAUGGUGGUAUUCAGGGCACAUAUGUAACAAUAAAAAUUGUUGCUGUUUAGGUAUUGAUCUUAGUGAACUAAUGAAACAAAAGAACAAUGGUGUAAAAUGUAAUUUUAUUUAUGAAUAA